GUGAAUCAAGAAGAGGCACGCCGCCGGCUUAACGUGUUUCGUGCCUUCUCAUAGCAUUUAUUUAAAUUAUUAUAAUUAGAUAUUCGUAGAACUCUAGUUAGUGUUCCUAUUGUAGAAUACGUGGAUUAAGGAAUCGGAUUGCUCAAAUAAUAUAAACAAUCAUGGGUAAAGACGAGAAAGAAGACUCCGGCUUCGGUUUCAAGGACAAGGCGAAGGCAGAAGAGACCCUGAAGCUUCUAGAACAGCAUGACCCCAACUACCGGCGGCUCACUGUACGGGGGCUCUUGGGUCGCGCGAAGAGGGUACUUUCCAUGACUAAGGCUGAAGAGAAAAUAAAGAACAUCAAAGAAGCUAUGGAGGUAUUCGAGAACUGGCUGGCAGAGCUAGACGCUGGUAAAGAGAAGAAACCAGAGAAAAAGAAGGAACAGAAGAAGGAGAAGAAAGAAGAUAAAGAUUCCAGCUCAGACGUUGAAAUGGAGGAUAAAGACGAGAAGAAGCUGCCAGCAGACAAGGUCCAAGGGCUUGGCUUCAAGGACAAGGAGGCCGCAGAAGGAACCAUCAAGGCCUUGGAGGGACGCGACCCUGACUACCAGCAGCUGGCUGUCAAGGGGCUGCUGGGGAGCGCUAAGAGGGUGCUCACUUGUACUCGAGACGAGACCAAACUCGCCAACAUCAAGGAAGCCAUGGCAAUUCUGGAAAAGUUCCUAGAUGACUUCGACACCAACCAUCUUAGCAAACAGAACAACGCUUACCUGAGUCUUGGAAUCGUUAAAACUGCACAGAAGUCAGCUGGUGACGCUGUUACUGAAAAGCAGAGAGCUUUCAUAGCGGCGUACAGCUCUGUGAACGGCGAGUACAAGCGCCUGCGCACCGUGGAGGAGAAGGAAGGCGGCAAGACCUGGGACAUCGUGAGGAACGCCGCGCUCAAGGAACUGAAGGAAAAGCACGCCGACGCAAAACUCUUCAACGACAAAGACGAGCCUACACCAGAACACCUUGAGCUCCUGCUGUGGGCCUACUCCCCUGAAGCCGCCAAGGUCAAGAAGCUCGUCCCAGAGACUAAAGAGGACCGGAAGCGGAAGAGCAGCGGCGGCGACGAUACGCCUAGUAAAAAGAAAAAAGAGUAACGCUUUUUUUUUAAUGGCAGGGAAAUCAUUUGACGUGAUAAUAUAGGUGUAAGCAUUUGAACUGUCUUAAAAUCCUCUUUAAGUGUAAUGAUGAAUUGUAAAAUGAUAAAAAUAAGCCAUCAAGUCGGUACUUAUACAUUAUUUGGUGAAGCAUUUAUUACUUACAUUAAAAAUUAUUUUUAAGAGCAUUUAUCUACAGCGUAUGUUACGAAUUAUUCAAUAAAAAGUGUUUUCAUUU